UCACUUCUAUUGGCGGCUUUGGUAAAGGAUUGAAAUAAAAGGAUCCAGAGUCAAAUAACGCAAGGACAGUUACGUUAAAUCAAAUAUACGCUCCACGAAUCUCUUCGGAUAAAUUUUUCAGCGUUUCGAGCCGGCGAUCUGCGGCAAUUUUCUCAAGGAAUCGAAGCCUCAUCUUCUCGACAUGAAGUCUCUCUCGACCUUGGAAGACAUUCGUCGUCCGCGCGAUUGGCGAAGCUCGGGAAAAUCGCAUCCGUCCACUAAUUUAACGUGCGAAGUCACUUUCCAUUCUCCAAUGGGUGAGGGCCUCGAGGUUCCUCGUCCUCGAUCGAGGAGGGUCGCAAAUGCGGAGGAUGGAAGCGAGCGAGCAGACAUCGCGGCGUUAUCGCGCGGCGUGGAUCUCCUGCACGUUGCGCCCGCGAUACCGUAUAAAAUGUCGACGUGAGGGAAAUUUUCGGCUCUUUGUUAGACGUACGCCGCCGCGCCGCGUUGUGUUGCCGCCGACGACGAUGGACCGACGACGCCGGAUCUUCGUCGCGACGAUCGUCCUGAGCUGCUGCUGCUUCUCGCUGGCGAACGCGUUUGUUAAGCCCGACGACAAUCCCGACAUCGGGCUCACGACGCCGGAACUGGUGACGAAAUAUGGAUAUCCCUUGGAGAUCCACGAUAUCGUUGCGAAGGACGGCUACACUCUUCAGCUGCAUCGAAUACCGCGCGGUCAGGACGACGAGGAGGAAGCGAAAUUCAGGAUAAGAACACCGAUACUCUUGGUACACGGUCUAGCAGGUAGUUCUGCCGAUUGGGUCCUCAUGGGUCCUGGAAAGUCCUUAGCGUACAUAUUAGCAGAUGCGGGUUACGAUGUGUGGCUUGGAAAUAACCGGGGCAACGUUUACUCGAGAAACCACACUUGGUUGUCGCUGACAGAUCGAGCUUUCUGGAAUUUCAGUUACCACGAACUUGGUAUCUACGAUCUUCCCGCGAUGAUCGAUUACAUUUUACACGCGACGGGACACGAGAGGAUCUAUUAUGUCGGUCAUUCGGAAGGUACAACGCAGUUUUUCGUGAUGGCGUCAGAAAAGCCCGAGUACAAUUCGAAAAUCAUUCUGAUGAUCGGCCUGGCGCCCGCAGCCUACAGCGGUAACAUUCGCGGACCGAUCAAGAAACUCGCCCAAUUGACGUAUUUCGGCGUGUGGGUCGGCGAGACUUUCGGCUAUCCAGAAUUCCGCUCGCGGACCGAAUGGGGAAAAUUCGUGUCGAACCUAUUCUGCCAGAGAGGGGCGUCCACGCAAGUCAUUUGCAGCAAUAUCCUGUUUCUCAUCACCGGAUUCAGUCGUGCGGAAUUAAACACGGACUACCUGACGGUUGUCAUAGGCCACGUGCCCGCUGGAGCUUCUUGGAAACAACUCGUGCAUUAUGGUCAAGGAUAUAUUAAUCCAGGAUGUUUUAGACAAUAUGACUACGGUAGCGUCGAUAAAAAUCUUCGGAUAUACAAUUCAACGACGCCGCCGGACUAUCAAUUGGAUAGAAUCACAGCGCCGAUCGUUCUUUUCAGUAGCGAUAACGAUUGGCUAGCAACUACGAAGGACGUAGAACUCUUGUCUGCGAGACUCAACAACCUCGUGUUCCAUUACAAGACUCCUGUUAGCGCCAACUUCAAUCAUUACGAUUUCAUAUGGGGAAAGUCUUGUGUGCAAAUGGUGUCACGGCCUAUUCUGCAACUGCUGGCCCAAUAUCAAUAACAUCACCUUUUUUGGGGCUAAGAAAAAGAGGAUACUUUUUUCCGACAGAAAGUUACAAGUGCGUGUAAUGAAUCGAUCUAAUUUAUUGUUGUUAUAUUAUUAGUAUUAUCAUCAUAUAAUACGUUGCGUUUACAUAUAUAGUCUGUACUUGGUUAAUUUCACUCCCGCUGCGUCAGAGAUGCAGCGUUGCAUCAAGUUCACUGCGUCACUAAACGUAAAGUGACUUCGCUUUACUUCUCAUC